CUGCAAGUCUUCGCUGCCAGUCUCCAAGACAUCGAGAAAGCUCUCCGUCCGAAGACGCAGCUAACUAUAGCAGAAGUAACUAAGUCGCUUCCUUUAUACUUGCGACAGUACGCCUCUCUAUUUACCCCAAAGGAAGGAGACGAGCUCCCGCCCCUACGAGGUCCAGACGUUGACCACAAGAUCGAACUGAUC